UGUCGUGUUCGCCAAACCUGCUUGGAUAUACAACGUGGGUAGCAUAUCAAGGCGCUCGCGCUUGAUUUUGGAUUGGACCACACCUGACCCCCAGCCGCGACGCAGUGCCAUGUCUUUACACGAAGAUCUCACCUCACAACCAAGCCAAACAAGACUGCCGAACGAGAUUCUGAUAACGAUCAUCGAAUUCAUACAUGCGAAAAAGGAGCUAUAUACACUUUGUCUAUCUAGUAGACUCGUUCGAGAAGUUGCAACGCCAAUUCUCUAUCUGCACCAUUUUGCCGGCAAUGCAUUAGCCAAUGCUCACUCUCUCAAUCUCUCCAUGUUUUUACAGCACCCUCAAUUCGAACACAUCGACGAGGAACUAGGAGCUGUAUUGACCAAUUUACCCAAUCUCAAGGUAUUGGACAUCAAUUGUAACCUGUGUCCCGUACAAGGAUUCACCCGGCAUCAAUACUUCGUUCAUCUGAAAACACAGGGAAUAGAGAUGACACAGAUGCUAGGUUCGCGAUGUAUGGACUCCGUGACCUCGUUGGAUGUCCUACACGAGAGGUCCUACCUGGAUGAUAGCACCCGUUUCGAAGCAUUCCUCAGGGAUCCAAGAGUACUCCCUAAACUCGAGGAAUUUCAUCAUAAUGGGAGCAAAUUUGAUGAUUUGCUACUGCGGGAGAUAGAAAUGUCGAAAAUACUAGGUUCACCAUGUAUGGAUUCCGUGAUUUCGCUGGCCUGGCACAUCGUCGGAUUUCGCGAAGAUGCUUGCGCUCAUUUCGAAUCGUCCCUGAAGAAUACAACUAUCCUUCCUAAACUCGAGGAACUCGAUCAUCAGGAUAGACGAUAUGACGACUUACUAUUGCGGUACCGCCGAAUACGUCGACUAAAGGGGACCUCCCUGCACUUUCCGAUGCUGAAUGGCAGAGAUUUGCAGAGAGAAUAUUCAGCAUUAACACAUUUGAGCAUCUCUUAUUUGGAUGUCAAGCAUUUUUCUGCUAAUGUUCUAGAACAAUACCCUAAUGCUUUACCCAAUCUUCGACAUAUCGGAACACCCCAGUAUUGGGGGAAAUCUCAAUCCCCUAGCUAG